AUGAUACUGGAGGGCUCUACGUCCGUGAAAUCAAAGAAGAAGAGGAGGAGGAGGAAGAAGAAGGUGGUUGUUGGAUUCCCGUUCCGCCGAUUGAAGGAGCUCUUGUGA